AUGGAUUCAUACAAGGUUGGAGUGGAAACAGAUUCUCAAGUUUGUGCAGAUUCUGAGAUGCUAUCUAUAAGUGAUGCAUCUUCUGAGGAUGAGAAUAGCAAAAGCAGAGGAAAAGGGGCAAAUGAUAAAAUGAAGUUGAGAUCAAUCAGAUUGCCAAGUUUAAGAUCAUGUUUGAGACCAUUGAAAUCUCCAAGCUUGUUAGCUGCUUAUGCACCAACUUCACAACAGUCAACUCCAGUUGUCAUCUCAGAUGCAUCACCAAAUUACAAGAAACCAACGAGCUGUUCCGAUGCAAAGAAUGGGCAUUUUCAGAAACCAUCAAGAAUGUUAUCAAGACGCUCUAGUUUCAAGCCGGUGAAGAGUCUAACCAGAGUGUCUAGUACAAAAUUCAGGAUGAGAAAAUCGUCUGGAGGAACUGACCAGAAGAAAAAAUUGAACAAGACAAGGUCAAUCAAGAUUGCAAGUUUUGGAAGCUCAAGAGCAUCUGUAAGGGAGGAAAAUGCUGAAUCUAGUUUUUUUGGCGAUGAUCAGAAUGGAAGAAAUUCAAAAAUCGGAAAGCCAAAAUCAGAUUCCUCAACGAGAGUUUUCAAAAGAACAACAACUCUGAGACCUCAGAGGAUCUUAACAAAAACGGUGAGUCUGAAACCGAAGAGACCCUCCAAGAAACGCUCACAACUUUCAGACUCGAGCAUUGUCAGAGCUACAUGUUCUUCUACUCUCAAAGACUCCAAGUUUUCUCCCCGUAUUGAGCAACAAACAGGAGGAAAUGAAUCUGGAGGAAUUUCAGCUGUGAAAGUUUGUCCAUAUUCAUAUUGUUCUCUUCAUGGCCAUCGACAUGGCAAUUUACCUCCACUGAAGCGCUUUGUAUCAAUGCGCAGGCGUUUGUUGAAGGCACAGAAGAGCAUGAAACCAGAUAGUCACCCUGUUCCAAAGGCAAAACAUUCUAGUAACAGGAGGAAAGGAACUAAGACAAGUCAACUGGUCUCUAAUGGAGUAUCUGUACAGCAACAAGCCGCCAAAGACAGAAGGGAAAACUCCUCAGUUACUGACGAGGCAUUCAGGGUCGAGUUGAAAGGAGAAGGCGCUCAUUUUAUAGAAGAUAAACAUAUAGAUGUUUCUGAAAAUCUCACUGACAUAUUGUUUGGUAAAACAUCAUGUCUCCAAUCAAGAUUGGAACAACACAUGACCAGUAACUCUCUAGAGGACAAACCAAGCAUUCAGGCUGGUUCAUUAUCGACAUUUCAGGAAACAAAUGAGGAUGAAUACUGUAACAAAGCAAUAGAACCUGUUAAACGGAUUCCUGAAGCCAGUGAUAGUAAGAGAACGGAGGAGAAAAUUGUUGCAUCAGACAUUCACAGAGGAGAUAAUAAGCUCAUUCACACACUUGAUCAUCGUGAAACCAUAGAUUCCUGUUUACGGGAGGUCAAGGAUUCCAUUCAAAGUGAUAAUCUGUCCUUGAAGCUUGAUGAUAUUGUGAGCACCAGCAAUGAGGGAGGUCCAGUGGACGCAGCAGUUAACCAGGAAGUCAAUGGAGAAACAGUUGCAAGUUUGAACUUGGAAAUGUUCAAAGGUUACUCUGGAUCAAAAAAAGUUGUUGAUGUCAGCACUACAACCAGGGAAAUCGAUGAAGAUUUCGAACCAGAUAAUCGUUUCCAUGAAGGGUUUUCACAAUCUGGUGACCCUUUACCAAAUUUUACAACUGAUGGAUGCCACAAAACCCAGAUAAAAAAGCAAAACUUUACAGGAUUUUGGGGUAUGAUUUAUCAGCAUAUGGUAUCAGGUAUUGCUACAGAAGUUGAGACCCAGCUACCUCUCGAUGGCAAGGAUAAAGAAGAACAAGAUGAAGAAGACCACACAUUGUCUCAUAAUAAUGAUCCCGUUUCUCACCAGAGUCCUUCUGGAACAGAUCAAGACAUGGAAAUGAGAGAUGGUGAUGCAGGCAACCAGAAGUCUGAGCUCUGGCAGAGUGAUGCCAUUAAGCUGGUACAAGAAGCGUUUGAUAAAAUCCUGUCAGAAAUUCCAGACCAGUCAUCUGAUGAUCAAUCAAUAACCAGUGAAACAACUUCAGAACAAGAUUUCUUGGAGAGGAAGCAAGUUGAAGAUGGAGAGGAUAACAUCUCAUGUUCCUUUGAUGGCACUAAUGAGAGUGUCGUGCAGGAUCCAGAAGAAACACAGCUAACAGUUGUUAAUACUGAAGAAAGGAAAGCAGCAUCACAGCCGGGGGACAAGUCUAGCCAGCAAAUUUCCAAGAACUGGAGCAAUCUGAAAAAAGUAAUUAUCCUUAAGAGAUUUGUCAAGGCACUGGAAAAGGUAAGGAACUUCAAUCCUCCGAAACCACAAUGUCUACCAGUGGAGCCUGAUUCGGAAACAGAAAAAGUUAAUCUGAGACAUCAAACAACGGAAGAGAGAAAAGUUGCUGAAGAAUGGAUGCUUGAUUUUGCACUUAGACAGGUAAUUUCUAAACUAGCUCCAGCCCAAAAAAGAAAAGUAGCUCUGCUUGUACAAGCUUUUGAAACAGUGUCUCCGCUUCCAGAAACUAGAACCCAUAUGAGGUCCAAUGCAAGAGCUUCUGCUCAUGCAACUCCAGCUCAAGCCACCAGUGAGCAAAAUAAUAAAUUGCUUUCUAAAGCACCAUAUGCUGAAAUGAGUAUGAGUUUCAAAGAGACCCCAGACCAAGUCAGUGAUUGUGCAAAACAGCUCAUUCCAGGGACAUGUUCUGAGCUGAAAGAAAGAAGUUUACCAUGUGGUGAUAGUAAUACAGUAAUGCGUACAUUGGCUUCUGAAGCUGCCCAAGCAAAUUUGGAGGAAGAGAGAACAAUUGCUUGCAACCCUGAUAAAAUGGAUAAUAAUUCCAUGUUCACAGAGUACCAGCCUGAUUUCAUUGACUCCUCUCCAACAAAGCUUGAAAAUUCGACAUUUUCAGAUAAGGCGUCCUCAAAGCUAGAUGACACCAUGGGCACCUCUCAUGAGGAAUUAGUAAAUGGAAAAAUCCUCACAGAGAUCUAUGAUUUGCAAGUCAAUGAGCUAGAUAUUAAAUUCAACAAUGAAAAGUUGGAGACUGAUAAGGCAGCUGAUGAACAAGCAUGUCCACCCAAAAGCUCAAGCCCAGAAAAUUAUGCAGAAACAACUGCAGUUAACAGUGUGACCACUUCAGCUUCAUUUUGUGAACUGUUGGAGGCACCAGCAACAGCCGGCGGAGAAGAAGCUGAUCAGAAAUAUGAAGUCCUCCAAGAGUCUUCUGAACUAGAAGAACCAGAGUCAAAUAACACCACUAAUAUAUCAGAAGAAGCCAAGAUGGAGAAACAGAAAUACAGGAGGCUCUGGUACUUAAUAUAUAAGCACAUGGUAUCAAGUAACACUGAAGGUGGAACACAAUCACUUCUUGAGGAUGUUGGCAACAAGGAACAAGGGGGUGAAGCCAACGUAUUGCUUGGAACGAAAAAUGCAGAUUCUUGCGAUGAUUUAUCUGUAUCGAACCAGGAAACAAUAGUUGACAAUAAAAACAGAAGCAGCCGAAAGAUUGAACUUGAUCAGAUUGAAGCCAUAAAGCUCAUCGAAGAAGCAAUCGAUGAAAUUCAGCUCCCAGAAAUUCAAGAUGACUCACCUGAUGAUCAAUCAAUUACUGGCAAUGUGAAUCCAGAAAUGGAGGCCCAAAAGAAACAUGGUGAAGAUGGGGAACUUUUCAUCUUGACUACCAAUGAUACUGCAGAAGAUACCUAUAGAGAAUCCAAGAACAGAAAGUCAGACCAUCUUAAGACAGUGGAUCAAAGAGAACCAUGGCUCAACUCUAAUAACACCAAUGCCCCAGAAGAACCAGAAACAAUACCAAAGUUGGGAAAUAAAUCUAAGCCACAAAUGCAGAAGAGCUGGAGCAAUCUGAAAAAACUGAUCCUUCUUCAGAAAUUCAUCAAGGCAUUGGAAAAGGUGAGGAAGUUCAACUCCCAAGAGCCACGAUAUCUGCCCCUGGACCCCGCCUCUGAAGCAGAAAAAGUUCAUCUAAGGCAUCAAAACACAGAAGACAGAAAAAAUGCCGAGGAAUGGAAGCUUGAUUAUGCCCUUCAACAGGUAGUUGCUAAAUUAACUCCAGCUCGGAAAAGAAAAGUGGAGUUGCUUGUAGAAGCGUUUGAAACAGUCACUCCUGCUUUAGAAGUUAAAGAUCAUCAACGGCACAGUGCGGCAGCCUCUCCUCAUGCAAAACUCGUACUUGCCUAAGUUAUGAAUCCAUUAGGAAUAGAAAUAAGCAGCAGUUUGUUGAGUCACUU